AUGUUAGAUCGAAGUGUGGAUAACACAAUUAAAACUGUAGAACUGCAAACAAUUAUUAAGCGUAUUAUAAUCACAAUUUUAUACGAUAAUGGUGUAGAUAAAGUUUCUUCAAUCACAAUUCGUGAAAUAUUAUAUAAAUAUAACAAUAAAUGGAAAAUAAGAAAUGUUAUUUAUUCUUACAAACAUCCUUCAGAAUUUGCUAUUUUAAAAGAGCCUACUUCAAGUCUUCCAGUUUAUAAAUUAUAUAUAGAUAUUUAUUACGAUGAUUUUG